AUGAUCGUGUCCGCGUCUCCUAGCACGAAUGGUUUCGCUGCAGUGAACGGCACUGUUACACAUUCUGACGGUACCAGUGUGCCGGACUCUAAAUCCGCGGCGAAUGGAUCCAAGGCACUGAAUGUACUCCCCGAGGAAUUUUACGAGCUAUAUCUCUCGCAUGUCGCGAAGAACAGAAAGCCAGAUCCAAUCAGAUCCCUCUUUCCGCUGGAGGACCUCCCCGGUGUAAUCUCGCUGCUCGCAGGCAAGCCGAACUCUACCACAUUCCCCAUCACCUCCUUGCAGUUCACGACGCGCGACCCGCAGUCACCCUCUGAGGACGUGAAGCUUGAGCUCAGCGUGGACGAUCUCGCGAUUGCCUUGCAGUACACUGCGACUGCGGGUCUUCCGGACCUAUGCGAGUGGGUGUAUGGUUUGCAGAGUUACUACCAUGGGCGCCAGAAGGGAGAAGGGUGGAAGGUUAGCAUUGGUGCUGGGUCACAAGAUCUGAUCAACAAGGCCGUGGCUGCGCUGGUGAAUCAGGGAGAUCCGGUGCUCGUCGAGGCGCCUGUCUAUGCAGGCGUUAUUCCUAUUUUUCAAUCAUUAGACUGCGAAAUGAUAGAGGUGGAGACAGAUGCAGAAGGUAUCUGCUCCCAAUCGAUCCGCAAGGUUCUUGAGAGCUGGCCUGCAUCCAGGCCGAAACCGAGAGUGCUUUAUACCGUUCCCUACGGUUGCAACCCGACCGGGAUGACCGCGAGUCGUAAACGUCGCCUUGAAGUGUUAGAGCUAUCUAGAGAACAUGGCUUCCUCAUUCUGGAAGAUGAUCCUUACUACUUCCUCUACUACGGAGAAGGUGAACGGCCGCCAUCGUAUUUCGCAUUAGAGCGAGAUCAGCUGGACGUAGGCCGGGUCCUUCGCUUCGAUAGUCUUUCUAAAGUCAUAUCAUCGGGAAUGAGGGUAGGCUUCCUGUCUGGCCCUGAGCCUCUGGUGAGAGCAAUAGAUAAACAUACCGCAACUGCAAAUUUGCAGCCAUCAUCACUCACGCAGAUGAUUGCGCUGAAAGUUCUGCAAUGUUGGGGUUACGAUGGCUUCAAGAAGCAUAUUGAAGAGGUGUCGCAAUUCUAUCGUAAGCAGCGGGAUGUCUUUGAGGACGCGAUGCGGCGGCACCUCGCGGGACUAGCGGAAUGGAUCACGCCCGAGGCGGGCAUGUUUGUGUGGUUCAAACUGCUUCUAGGUGACUCCAACACUGCCUCGAAGACGGUUGAACACGACUCGAACCACAUCAUCCGGACAAAGGCGCUCGAAAGGGGUGUGCUGGCUCUGCCUGGCACAGCGUUCCUACCCAACGGCGCCACUACCGCGUACGUCCGCGCAUCGUUCAGCACCCUCCCCCCUGAUCAGGUCGACGAGGCGCUUCGGCGGUUGCGCGAGGUCAUUCUGGAUGCGCGGACGUCUGGGUCACAGCGCACCUGA